CCCCCCGCACGGCGCGGCGCUGGAGCGGCGCGGGGCAGCGCCCGGCCGGGCUGGCUGCGGGGGCCUUUGGGCUUGCUGGGGUCGCGAGAAACCCCCACUCCUCACACCAACCCCCCAAACAGGCGAAGUGAUGAUGAGGGUGCUUAAUUAUCCUCGGUGGAAUGGUUCUGUCUUCGGUUUGCUGACUCAAACCACAGAUUCCAAGGAAAGGAGGGGAAGUGGAAUAAAAUACUCAAGUGCCAGAGGAAAAGCAAGACUAGCCAAUGAAAAUUACUAUUACUAAACUGUAGAUUGCUCUCACACAUAGUGGGGGGGAAAAUAUUGCUGUCUGUUCAAAGCUUACAAAAUUACUUUUGCAGAUUUCCUUCACAAAACUUCAAAUAAGCUAGGCCCCUUCAACUAGGGCUGAAUUAGGAAAUGGAAAUAUGAUUCCUUGCUGGUGUCUUCCAUCUUCCUCUGCCUUUGCAGUUUUUUUUUGUUUGGGGUAGGAAAUCCUGAACAAAUUGUAUGGCGUCAGCCAGACUUACAGUUGAUGGUUAUGGAUGACACAGGAACUUCAGAUUUACAUCUCUUCAAUGACACUUGAUUAAAGCAAAGCUUGAAAAGUGCUCAUCUGCUAUGUUACCAGAACUUGUAGUAGCUAUUACAGUUGUGUUUUCUCUCUAAGAUUUGAAAUCUGGGGUGAUGUCCCCUGGAAAGCAAGAGCAGAUAAGUCAUCUUUUAGGAUUGGAAACAGAAAUAAUAUAAGAAUGCCCAGAAGAGGCUUUGUAAUUCAAGCCAGGACUCGUUGGCUAUUGGUGGGCCUUGCUUUACUAUUCAGUUUAGUUUUGCUCAUGUAUUUGCUGGAGUGUGCUCCACAAACAGAUGGCAAUGGAUCUCUGCCUGGUGUCGUAGGUGAAAGCAUGGGUAAAGAAUACUAUCAAGCUCUCUUGCAGGAACAAGAAGAGCAUUAUCAAAACCGAGCUACCAGUCUGAAACGUCAGAUUGCCCAGCUAAAGCAAGAGCUUCAGGAAAUGAGUGACAAAUUGAAGUCCCUGCAGGAAAAAAAAACCCCAAAGGUCAAUGGUAUGAACUACCAGGGCACCAAAGAACAAACAUCCAAUGAUCUCCUAGAGUUUCUUCAUUCCCAGAUUGACAAAGCUGAGGUGAGCGUUGGGGCCAAACUGCCUAGUGAGUAUGGAGUCAUUCCUUUUGAAAGCUUUACAUCCAUGAAAGUGUUCCAGUUGGAGAUGGGGCUCACUCGGCAUCCAGAAGAGAAACCCGUUAGAAAAGAUAAACGAGAUGAACUGGUGGAAGUUAUUGAGGCUGGCCUAGAAGUUAUCAAUAAUCCAGAUGAAGAAGAUGGACAAGAUGAAGAUGAUGGAGUAGGAGACAGGCAGCUGUAUAGUGAAAAUGAUUUUAUCGAAGGUUACUAUCGUACAGAAAGAGAUAAGGGGACACAGUAUGAGCUGUUUUAUAAGAAGAUGGAUGGCAUGGAGUACAGGCAUGUCACCUUGUUCCGACCUUUUGGACCCCUCAUGAAAGUGAAGAGUGAAACAGUCGAUAUUUCUAGAUCGAUCAUUAACGUUAUUGUUCCUCUUGCUGGAAGAACUGAGGCAUUUGCACAAUUUAUGCAAAACUUUAGGGAUGUGUGCAUUCAUCAGGAUAAGCGUGUUCACCUCACAGUGGUGUACUUUGGACAAGAUGGUCUGUCAGAAGUAAAAAGCAUCCUAGAAUCUGUAGCUAGAGAAACUGACUUCCACAAUUACACGCUUGUCUCUCUGAAUGAGGAAUUCAACCGGGGCCGAGGACUUGACAUGGGUGCCAGAGCCUGGGAAAAGGGCGAGGUCCUGAUGUUCUUCUGUGAUGUUGAUGUUUAUUUCACAGCCGAAUUCCUCAACAGCUGUCGCUUAAAUGCUGAGCCCGGGAAGAAAGUUUUCUAUCCUGUGGUAUUCAGCCUUUACAAUCCUGCUAUUGUCUAUGCCAAUCAAGAUAUACCACCUCCUGUGGAGCAGCAAUUGGUACACAAGAAGGAUUCUGGUUUCUGGAGGGAUUUUGGCUUUGGGAUGACUUGUCAAUAUCGGACAGACUUUCUGACUGUCGGGGGUUUUGACUUGGAAGUGAAAGGCUGGGGCGGCGAGGACGUUCACCUGUACAGGAAGUACCUGCACGGGGAGUUGAUGGUGAUCCGGACGCCGGUGCCCGGGCUGUUCCACCUGUGGCACGAGAAGCACUGCGCGGACGAGCUGACCCCCGAGCAGUACCGCAUGUGCAUCCAGUCCAAAGCCAUGAACGAGGCGUCGCACUCGCACCUGGGCAUGCUGGUGUUCCGCGAGGAGAUCGAGGCGCACCUCCGCAAGCAGGCCUACAGGACUAACAGCGAGGCCGCGCGCUGAGGGCUCCCCCGCCCGCUUCUGACUGCGAAUUCACAGUGAACCAGCAUCCUUUUACGGCCUUAAUUCAGCUCACAAAUGCAGUGCCUCUCUUUUUCAGUGAAGAAGAGUUUAGAGCGUUUUUGGUUCUCGCGUUUGUUUUCUGAGUAGUCAUUUGAUAGGCUCUUACCUACGCAUCUUGUGAGUUCAAGCACCUCAGCUAAAUUGGACGGCAUAUGUAGUUCAAGGAAAGUGUCUUCAGUAUCAACUGGAAAAAUCUGUGGAAUGUACAGUUCAACACUUUUCCACGUGGUACAUUUCUGUUCUUAUAUUUGCAUUCUUUUGAGAAUUAAAUGAAAUAAUCUUUCGUGUCUUGAGUAUUUUCAGUCUGUAUGGCUCACUGCACUGUGACUUUAGAAGGAUACUAUACUUAGACUCCGUUGUAGAAACAAGAGAAAGGUGUGGGAAAAUAAUCUCACGUAUAUGGACAUGCUGACCAGUACAGCAGCUGUGGAGGGUGCUGAUUCCACAGCAAGGGCUUGGUGCCACAUUUGCUGUAUUAACAGACAUUGACAUGGUUGAAUAGAGAAUAAUUUGGGGAGGUGGGAAUGAAAAUCCUUUUAAGUGGAAUUUUAGAGCAUAUAAUGGAAGUUCAUACUGUGAAGGAAAUGCCACCUUCUUAUUUCAGUGAUAGAUCAGACAAGUUGGGAACAUUGCAGCUGGGUGUUUCUGUGCCUGCUCUUUUCCUACAGCAGAUGCCAUAUCCCUUCUAGAAACUGAGCUGUGCUAUUAAACUUGUUUGCUUAAAUAA